AUGGCUAUCUCAAUCCCAAAAACAAUGCGCUCCCUCUGUAUCCGCCGUUUCGGAACCCCUUCUAAAUGGGAGAUUGCAGAUCUGCCCACGCCGAAGAUCACAAGAGGUGACGAGGUCUUGGUGAAGGUUCAUGCUGCGGCUAUAAAUCCGACUGAUAUUGGGGCUGCCAGGGGGAAAUAUUGGCCUGCUUUUAACGUGCCUCUGCCGUACAAGAUUGGUUAUGAUCUCGCUGGGACAGUUGUAGAGAGAGGGAGUGAGGUUACCAAGUUCAAUGUUGGCGAUGAGGUGUUUUGCUGCUUGCCGUUUAAGGAUAGAGGAAAGUACGGUACUGGUGCAGUUUCCGAAUAUGCGCUACUCGCAGAAACGCUUGUAGUUUCUAAACCUAGGAACCUGAACUUUAUGGAGGCGGCUUCGAUCCCGAUGGUUGCUCUUACGGCGCUUCAAAUGUUGGAUAAAGUCCCUGGGGGCGUGCAAGGGAAAACGGUCUUUAUUCCAGCGGGUCUUAGUGGGGUGGGCUCGGCGGCUGUGCAAAUGGCGAAAAAUUCUUACGGCGCUGAGAAAGUCAUCACCACUGUCUCGACGAGAAAAAUUCCUAUGAUAGACGGGCUUAUGAGUAAAGGAGUCGUUGAUGAGUCAAUUGAUUACACGAAAGUUAAUCCUGCCAAGAUGAUCCCAGACAACUCGAUAGACGUUAUGAUCGACUCGAUCGGCGCUACAUUUUCUUCCCUAGCUCUUCUGAAAAACGGUGGCAUGAUAGUAGCAUGUGCCGGCCCUCCCUCAUCAGGUCGCAAUCUCAGAAACAUCAGUACCGACGUCCCAUUCCUCAUCGAGAAAAUCCUUGAUUUCGUCAACGGUAUCGUGAGAUGGUGGGUUGGUAGGUACCAAGUCAAGUUUGAUACUGUGUUGAUGAAAUCUAAUGGGACAGAGUUGGAGAGGAUCAAGACGUGGGUGGAAGAGGGGAAGCUUAGACCGGUGGUGGGUAAGGUUUUGAAGUUUGCGGAUUUGGAAGGUAUCAAGGAGGAGUGUGGGAGGAUUAUGAAGGGUAGGGGGGGUGUAGGGAAAGUAGUUAUAGAUAUUAUUGCGGACUAG